AUGCGACCUAGCUGUUCUCGUUUUCAUCUUUACGAAUCUUCUGGCGUCACCAUUUCUCGCAGUCGACGCCGAUUCAUCGUCGAACAAGCGACAGUGUCUGAAGGCGCCAAUUUCAAUUUUUGCCUUCUGUGCUUGCUCGAACAGCCAUUCUCAAACUGCAACCAACUCGGCUCCGCCGCUCCGGGGACACGGUUGCUCAAACGCAGAGCUCGACACAGUUGAUUUGCUUCGUCAAGACAGAUGUUUUGAGGGAGUGCUCGCAAAUAAGAGACGCGAAACUUGGAGCCAUCGAUUGAUUCGACGGGAGAAUCUAUCUAAGGGAGGCUUUAGGGAACCCUCAACUGGUCCUAUACAAGCUCAUUUCGACAGUCAUAACGUGUUCCUUCCACCUCUUCUCCUCCGACGAAAACACCCCCUCGGCAUGCAGCGACCGAGGUUCGCGAAACUCGCUCACUAUCUGAGUGAAAGAGUCAAGUUCUCCCCUCCAUGGCGUUCGCUCUGCCCCAACACGUUUCCACAACUCCCCUUCGCCAGUCGUCGCUCGUUUUUCGCUGGCACAUCCUACUUUCAUCCACUUAGCGUGUCUAUCAAUUGAUGGUGCUG